UCAGUGCUGACAACAUUUCGUGGUUAGUGACGGCCAUUGUUAACAAAUAAAACCAACGAAAACGAAUACAACCACCAUUCUGGCACCAUGCGACUCAACCAAAUAAACAUAAUGAUUCUAGCCAUCAAGGUGCACGAAUAAUAAAAAAGACCUCACUUAGCUAGACAAGUCAUUUCUCCAAGACAGGCUUGUUAUGACAUUUGUUUUGAGUGAUGGAAAAUGGGCUUACAAGAAGAUUAUGCAACCUGUAAUGGUUGGUAUGCAUCUACUUGUUGUGAAUGUGUAUGUUCUUGAAGACAAGACAGCCUUGAGGAUUGGAAAUUCCAACUUCUUUGAAGGAGAGAGUGUUAGCCAAGAAAAACCUAUGGAUUGGUUUCAGCAGAAGCAUAUUGAAAUGAUAAUGAAAGAUCUUAAAGCAGUCAUCAUCAGUCGAAUAACUAAUUCUUUGUUAUCAUCAAAACAUGAUGGAGGAAUCAGAAAAUUGAUGGACAUAGAAUUUAGCUAUGAAUUUCAUAAAAGAUCCUUUAUUCCUGGUCAAAGCUUUCUGCUUUCAAAAUCACAAGAUUAUUGUUUCUGUGGAAAGAAAAUUACAAAGAAAGAUGUACAGUUUAAAAGUCAUUCAACUUUCCGAGAAAUAUUGGAAAUAAGAGUAAAAAAACUUGCUGGAGAUCCAAAUGUACAGCAUGUUGAAACCAAGCUGUGUGGAAAGACAACUAUUGCCAGCAGGAAAGAAGAUGAAAGAAGUGAUUAUUUUAAUGAUGAAAACCAUACAAGUUCAUCGGUAAAACGAAAGAAAACUACCCUUCGACGAAUUGCAAAGAAAUCCAGACUAGCAUUAGCUUCUUCCUAUCAAACGGUGGAACAGAUUGAUUUGCAUUUGGUUCAAAGUAAAACUGAAGAGUUUAGAAAAUCAAGUCUUGCCAAGAAUGGUCAGCCUGCUAUAGUUCCUGAGGUUGUCAAUGUCGACCAAAAACCUGAUGGCUUAGAAGAUGUUAGGAAGGUUGAAGAUUUGAAUAAUAAUCAUUUAAGAUUUUUAAUUCGCCAGAUGGAAACAUAUUUACGAACCAUAUUUCGUGGCGAGGUGUAUUGUCGACGUCAUGAAGAUUAUAAAAAAGGUGGAAAGCUUAGAGACGAUUUAAACUUCCAAGUUGGAAUGGCACACUUUAAUGAAGAGCAACAUGAAUGUAUCAUGAAUGCUUUGAUUUCCAUGUUCUGUUACAAAGGACCAAAGUAUCUUAACUAUGUGACGAAAGUUAUGCUGCCUGAAGCUCUUAUUAAGCUGUAUGAAGAUAUUCACAAAACAAGUCAUGAUCAGGCUGAGGAAUGUCUUUUCAAAGAUACCAUUCUCGACAACUAAACAUUAACAUUUACAUUUAUUUCAUUUAUAAUUACAUGUUUCGUUAGAAAGAUAGAGAACUAUAUUAAUUAUUUAUAAUUUUUUUAAGUAUAAAAAUAAUUAUUACUUUAUCAUCAUCAAGUUACUCCAUUUCUAAAUCACAAUGUAUUUCGUUAUAUGCAAAUGAAGUUCAAUGGGAAAGCUGUUAGGAAGA